AUGUCUGCCCUAGCAACAUCGAUCGUCCUAGCCAUCUCCCUCAUUCUAAUAGUACUAUGGAAAUCACAUAAAACCCAUUCCACAUCAAAAGACCCAGCAAUAUGCCGCCAAAUCAUUACCGGCGUCUUGAAAUCCACAGAAAACCAACCGAAUAUCCUCUCACCCCACGAAGCCAAAGCAAUAGCCAAUCGACAUCUUCCAAUCGCCUUCGGAAUCGACAACGCCUUCACUCGCGCAGACAGUGUCCACGCCAGCAUAUUCGUCAACAAAGUCAAACCCUUGAUAAAUCUAUCAGCGGAGCAGUGGCACAAUGUAUCCGAGUUCGCCAGAGUCACGACAAGCCACUGGAUCGAGCAUGGUUUCCCUGAUCUAGGUACUAGCUGCGGCAACAGCUCUCACAAAGAACAGAAUAAGUCCCGCAAUAAGAUCAAUCGGAUCAAUAUUGCCAGCUUAGCACAGAUACUCUCAUUGAAAGUUGUGUUAUGGCAGAUAUUCGACCAAAAGACUCAAGACCAGACAAGUGAUGAAAGUCUUCUGAAUCUAGCGCAGUCUAUAAAUCGAGUGUGGAUAUCAUCCAAGGUAAAAACUGCUGACAACGACAUCCCCAAAUUCGAAGACGACAUUUUACUUCAGACCUCGUUGGAGAAUAUCUUUGGGAAACACGAUCGUCCAGAGGAUAACCCGCUGAAUCUCAUACUUCCUUCAUUCGAGACCAUGUGGCGGGUCGUCCUACGAGCUUUCCUGGAGAUCAAGUUCGCGAGUGGGAGAGAAAUACAUGCCUGGCAACAGACCAUGAUUGCUUUUGCUUCGAAGCCCACCAAAUCCCAAUUCGACACAUGCCCUGAAUCCCCGUUCAGUUGUUCCAAGUCCAAAUACAGCACUGGUCUCGGCAUAACUGAUGCAUGCGGUGUUCAAAGUGCACCCAGUGCACAUUCCAUAGUCCGUGAAUCUCUCCGACUCUACGUGCCUACGAGACAUGUCCACCGAGCGUACCAAUGGGACCAGGGGGCACCUUAUGAAACCUACUCUGCUGAUAUAGAAGGAUGUCAUCUAAGGUCUGAUAUCUGGGGUUCUGAUGCAGAGCGAUUCGACCCGAGUCGCUGGUCUGCUCUUACGCCGGCGCAGGGAAAUGCUUUUAUGCCUUUCGGAUGUGCGCCGUUUGAAUGUCCCGCCAAGCCGACUUUCGGGCCUAGGAUGAUUGGGGUCUUGGUUGGGUCGCUGUUGGCAGCCUUAAAGGAAGAUCCAUCAAGGAAUUGGUCCUUGGAUUGUGAGGAUGGGAGGGCGUUGGAAGGUAUCACGCCUGGGAAGAGGCUUUGUCCGCAUAGAACUUCCUAUACGGAUUUGUAUCUAGUGCGGUCUCUGUAA